GUCUCGAUGAAGUUGCACAAAGAUGGCGUAUUUCCUGCAGUCAGGGUCCUUUCUAUCCCUUUGUUUUCCAAACUGUUUUCUCGACAGCAGCGAUGCGGAACAGCUAAGGAAAUCUAAAGAAAUAGACCGAGAAAUUUUCAAAGAAAAAACCUUUGUGAAACGCCUAGUGAAGAUACUUUUGCUCGGCGCCGGAGAGAGCGGCAAGUCCACUUUCCUCAAGCAGAUGCGCAUCAUACACGGGGAUGACUUCGAUAAGGGGGACAAAGAAGAGUUCAGAGGCACCAUUUACAGUAAUGUUAUGAAAGGUGUUCGAGUGCUUGUGGAUGCCAGAGAAAAGCUACAUAUCCCAUGGGGAAACCCUUCAAACCAGACACAUGCAGACAUCAUGAUGGCUUUUGACACACGGUCGACCAUGGUGUCGCAAGGGAUGUUGGAGACCAAAUUGUUCCUGCAGUACCUGCCCUCAAUCCGUGCCCUCUGGGCCGACAUCGGCAUACAGCACGCAUAUGACCGGCGUAGAGAGUUUCAGCUGGGAGAAUCUGUGAAGUAUUUCUUGGACAACUUGGACAAACUCGGAGCACCGGACUACUUACCAACGCAGCAAGACAUUCUGCUGGCACGUAAGCCCACCAAAGGCAUUCAUGAGUACGACUUUGAGAUCAAGAACGUGCCCUUUAAGAUGGUGGACGUCGGCGGGCAGAGGUCGGAGCGCCGUCGGUGGUUUGAGUGCUUCGAAAGCGUCACUUCCAUCCUCUUCCUGGUCUCGUCCAGCGAGUAUGACCAGGUGCUGAUGGAGGACCGGCAGACCAACCGUCUCAUGGAGUCGCUCAACAUCUUCGAGACCAUAGUCAACAACCGCGUCUUCAACAACGUUUCCAUCAUCCUGUUCCUCAACAAGACGGACUUGCUGGAGGAGAAGGUCAAAUCAGUGUCCAUCCAGGACUAUUUCCCCGAGUUCACAGAUGAUCCAUGGUGCCUGGGGGACGUGAAGAACUUCCUGGUGGAGUGUUUCCGAAACAAGCGCCGAGACCAGCAGCAGAAGCCCCUCUACCACCAUUUCACCACCGCCAUUAACACGGAGAACAUUCGCCUGGUCUUCCGUGACGUCAAGGACACCAUCUUGCAUGACAACCUCAAACAGCUCAUGCUGCAGUGAUGCCAGUCCAACCGUUUCCUUUCAGAUCACUCCAAAAAUAACCCUCUUCUGCUCAGAUGUUUGUACUCCGCACAGUAACCUUUCUCAAUAGCUCUGACUGGCUUUCGUGCGAGGAAGAAGAAGCCCUAGCCUUCUGUCAUGAGCAUGGGACGGCAGGUAGUUUUUCUCUUAAAAAGCAGGUCUAGAGAAGAGAGUGCGCUCGUCCACUCACACGUGAGUGUCCUGCCAGAGAAGCUGUACAUGUCAUUGAGCGCCACCCUCUGCCUGAAGGUGCCAAACGCUCCCUCGAAUAGAGGACAAAAGCAGGAAGAGAUCCUAGCAUCUGUUACCUUUGAGCCUUGUAUUACUGACCAAAUAGCAAGAUGAGAUGCAAAUGCUGUUUUAACCUUUUAACAGGAACCAUGUUCUGAGCCUUUCU